UAUUUCGGAAGUGUAGAUUAGUAAACAUUUAUUGCGCAAAUUCAUAACACAAUAGUAUAUCAAAAGGAAUAUCAAUGAAAAAAAUCCUAGUUUCGACAUCACAUCACUUUUUUGUAUUAAGAGCUUUUUCCUCAUUGAGGCUUAAAAUACGCAAAAUCAUACUAUUGGGUGAUUGAGCUGUUCUGUAUGUACGGUACGUACACAAUGUAUUGGCGUAAUUAUAAUCAAGUUUUAUGGAAGUGUCAGCCUAUUAGAAUAACGGUACAUAUUGUAGAGUUAUAUCAGAAAUCUUAAACUGCAAAUUUGUCAUCCAUAAUAGAUGGGAAUCAAGAGACCUUAGUGUGAAUAAUAACCUUCUGAAUUUUAUCGUUUUUUAAUUCAAAACCAGAAUUCAGAAUUGUGUCUUGCGAAACAUAGUGUAACAUUUGCACAACCAAUUCACGACUACGGAAACACCUCAAUCAUGGCCACAAACAUCGAGGAUGAAAGUUUCGAUGAAACAAUAAACAAAUUACAGAUACUGACCGCUAUUUCGCCAGAGUCAGCGACGGUAUCGAGUACAUCUGCCUCCAGGGAAAAUCCAUUUAAAAUUGUUCCAUCUGCACUAGAAAACAUCCGCGACCAUGAAGCAGUCGUUAAGGAAAUAUUUGGUACCCACUGUGAAUGUGGAGCCGAACGAACACUUACUGUCUCGGUUCCAUUAGCAACUAAUCUCGGCAAAGGUUGUGGUAUUGGCGGUAAGCAGAACGGUGGUAUCAAUCUGGAGCACGGUAUACUCAACCCAACUCCUUUCAAGCAUAAAGUAAGAGGUGACAAGAAAAUUAUUGUUCGUGAAUCUGUAUUGAAAAAUAUUGGAAAAUGUGUCCAUCGAAGUAUGGUACAGCAGUCUGAAAUUGCUAAAGAAAUAAUUAAUCAAAAUCAGCAGCUAAUAACUUCAAGCGCUUUUCAACCCACAACAAAUUUAUUGAAGCCAUCACUAUCGGAGAAUAAUCUCACAAAAUGCUUCAGUAACAGUUCCAGUGACGAUAUUUUAGAUUUCAGGUUAUUAGUGUCUCAAUGCAGUGAGCUUACAUUAUCGUCUUCGUCAACCAGUAAAACAUUAGACCGUCCGAAUUUUUCACAGAGCAGUUUCAAAGCACUACGUCAACAACCGGAUUUCUUUUCUUGUCAAAACAAUAGAUCUGCACUGCCCCGUCGAAAUCGCCGAGUACGAUACUUAAAGCGAUCGAAUAGUACUUCGUCCCUAGAAUCUGACAGUAGCAGCACCAGCAGUAUGGCACCAUUUGGCUCAUUGACAGCUGUUAUUCCCGGCACAGUAGCUUCAACGUUCACCGGGGCUCAAAUACAACAACAGCAGAACCAGUCGAGCCAGCAACAAUCUUCGCAGUCUUCAUCUCCUUCUUCGUCCUCGUCCGCUUCAUGUUCGACACAAGCUCGUCUGAACAGUACUAUGCCAUGUGAUAUAACCAUCGAUGAAAUGGCCAGCUAUUUCGAAACGCUGGUGCAUAUUCCCAAGAAAAUGUCCAGUAUGGCAGAGAUGAUGUAUAUUUAAAACAUAGCUUGCUCUGCAACCUUGGAUGAGGCUACUAUUGGAAUGUGCAGUUUUUUUUUAUAUUUGGUUCGUUUAAAAUUCGUGUUUGCUAAGCAUAUAAAACAUAAAACUGGGCAAAAUUAUAGUAUUUUACCAAAAGCAAAUGUAAUGAAGAAGAGCCUAAUCGGGGAUGUUUUAUGGUUGAUUGCGUAAUGUUUCAAUUAGUGAUAGUUUUGUCUUUUUGCUGGCAAAUUUCAGUUCAACACUUUACCGUUUAUAAAAUCAAUGAGCAAAAAAUAAAAAAAAAACUAAACAUUUUUGCUUUUUCUUCCAACCAUGUAGGCAUUAUACUGAAGAUUUAUUGAGCCAUGUAUUAAGACUUUGUUGUGUAGAGCAACUAGAUACGUUUAAAAAAAAUAUAUAUAGGUAUUUCGUUCACAAUAUCUACAUCAAUACACGUACGGUUCAAUUGGAUCAGUUUGUUUUGAUACAUAGGGAAACAAUUGUGAUACUAUAAUAUGUAUUUUCCCCGCUUCGGAGCUUUUAUUGGAUGCAACCUACAUUUUAUUAUACUAGCUUUUAGUUCUAUCUUAUAAUUUUUGUGAUAACAAAAAACAUUUGAUCGGGAAUCAAACGCCUUUAACGGAUAAUUCGGGAGUAGUUAAAAUUUGAAUAAUUGCUCAAAAUAUUUUUUUGCACUUGAUUCGUUCUGGCUACACCCGAUCAGUUAACCAACAUAACGUUUUUUUACCAUGCAUGAUUGCAAUAUCAUGCAUAAUAUGAGGUAUGAAAAAAUGUCUAAGUACUGUUCUCUAGCAUUACUUUUAAACUUUUUUGCAAGGUUAGUAGAAACGAUUUUUGUUUUGUGUUCAAACAGUGAAUUCAAGGGCUCUGCUUUUUUCAUAAAAAUAAUAAGAGUCUAUAUUCUACGAACCAGUGAGUUAUUGCAGGUUUCUUUACAAUAUUCUAACCGAGACAGAUAGAAAAUAAAUAUUCACUCCGGUUUCGUCUGGUGUUAGAAAAAACACUUUACUCGAGCAUAUAGUGUGCUCAAACUUUGAGUUUGUUUUUUUUUCUUCAUUAGUGUCGAUUUCACCAAAAGUUUGUGUUUUCUUUUUCCUUUGUAGUCGAGGAGCCUAUUUUACUAGUGAGAAAAUAUGUAUUAGUGUAAAAGUGUUACUCCGAAUACUUAGGCUAUUAUGUAUAUAACGUUAUAAUCCAUUUUUAUUAAAAAAAUAGCAAAGAGCAAGAUACAAUCUCAAUGAACUAGCAUAAUGUCAAGGGUAGAGGAAAUUUGAAACACGGAAAGAAUGUGGAAAACAUACAGUUUGAAAAAAAAAUCUUACAUAAAAACGCAUGUGGAUAGAAACGUUGAAAAAUGGACGUGAAAUCGCUGAAGGUACCACAAACGAUUCGACACUACUUUUCUGUUAAGUUAAUCCAAAUGACAACCAUUGGAUGCAGAAGGUGAAUUUAGUAUAACAACAGAGCGAAAUAUACUAUAAUCGACGCGUGUUGAAUUGAAAUAUUUUACAAUAAAAAGUGUUUCACUGAAAAUUAA